AAUCAAACGAAGUCACACCAACUGUCAACAACCCACACUCCGGCCAAAUGUCUAGGUUGUGGCGCGGCCUGAAAACAGUGGUCCAAAUAUCACCGGCGAACACACACCAUUACCACACCAUCCAAGCCAUCCCUCGAGAAUGCACCGGCAGCCGUAUCUCGAGCCGUGAUAGAGCCCAAGGUAGAAUCCCCGCAGUGGUUUUCUCCCAGGGCUUGCUCGAGAAAAACCCAAGUAAUCGUUCCCCGUCAAGGAAACAACUUUUGACUACCGAAGGAAAGCAGAUUCGACCCAUUAUCAUGUCGGUCGAACUCCCUUUCUUUUGUUCCACGACGUUCCAGCUUCAGAUCCGCGCCGGUUCUGGGUCUUCAAUCUUACUUGAAUCCGGUAGAGUUUUACCUAUCAAGACUCAUAGGGACGAGGAGACUGGUAAAAUAUUGAAUUUGGUGUUUGUUUGGGCGGAUGAAGGGACUGAACUGAAGGUUGACGUGCCUGUUGUUUUCAAAGGAUUAGAGGAUUGCCCCGGUCUUAAGAAAGGUAUAAAAUUUACUGCAGUUGUCCCCAUUUCAUCUUUGUUUGAUCGAUGUUAAUAUUAUCCAAGUUUUAAACUUUACCAUGUGAUGUU